AUGGGUCGAAUUAAUAUAAAGGGUGGUGUUUGGAGAAAUACGGAGGCCGCUGUAAUGAAAUAUGGCAAAAACCAAUGGGCACGCAUUGCUUCGUUGCUCCAUAGAAAGUCGGCAAAACAAUGUAAAGCUAGAUGGUAUGAAUGGCUGGAUCCAAGUGUUAAAAAGACUGAAUGGAGUCGUGAGGAGGAUGAAAAGCUUCUUCAUUUAGCAAAAUUGAUGCCAACCCAAUGGCGGACUAUCGCGCCUAUUGUUGGAAGGACAGCCAAUCAGUGCCUAGACCGUUAUGAGUAUCUUCUAGAUAAAGCACAAAAUCGUGAGGGGCUUUCUGCAGAGGAGGAUCCUAAACGCCUCCGGCCUGGGGAAAUAGACCCUUGCCCCGAAACAAAGCCUGCUCGGCCGGAUCCAGUUGACAUGGACGAAGAUGAGCUUGAAAUGCUUUCAGAAGCUAGAGCUCGUUUGGCAAAUACACAGGGCAAAAAGGCGAAACGUAAAGCCAGAGAACGGCAAUUGGAAAUCGCAAGAAGAAUGGCCAUGAUGCAAAAGAGGCGUGAAUUGCGAGCAGCUGGAAUCGCAAUCAAGCCAAUUAUUAAUCAGAAAAAAGUGCCUCAAAUUGAUUACAAUGCUGAAGUCCCUUUCGAGAAGCAACCACCCAAAGGCUUUCAUGAUACGAGUCAGGAGACACCCGACAUGGCUAAGACAAAUUUCGAUAAACUUCGCUUAUCGGAUGUGGAAAAAGAAAGCUAUAUGGAACGUGAAAAACGUGAGCGGAAAAAGGAUGCAGAAAGGCAGUCUAAGAGAAAAGAAAAUGAUUUGCCAGGUGCUCUUUUGGGACGCGUUGAUGAACCGGCGUCUAAGCGCUCAAAGUUGGUUCUUCCAACACCGCAGGUCUCCGAUCGAGAGCUAGAAAGUUUAAUAAAGGUUUGUCACUAUAUUUAA